AUGGACACUACCCACUUCAACACCUUAACCGACAACAUCCUCAACGAUCAAUCAACCUACAAGCAGCUAAAGAAAGACCCCACCAACAGCCUACAGAAAGAGCACAAGAACUUCCUCAACCAACUUCGGGACAGCAAUGAAAUCGGCCCCACCCUCCACAAAAAACUCAUCACCAGUCACCCCAAACCACCUUAUGCCCGGGCAACCAUAAAAAUUCACAAAGACCCCGUCAAAGCCCGUCUCCUAGUCUGCCCCAGAGACACCGUCCACUACAAUACGGCCCAGCACCUAGCCCGCCUCCUCGCACCUCUUGGCAAGACUGCCAAGUCUUUUGUGAAAGAUUCGUCAGAAUUCUGUAAGAAGAUUCUCGACAUCCCCCAACCAGGAACCCUCAUAAGCUACGACGUUGUCGACCUAUUCACGAAUGUACCCCGGGACGAGGCCAUGGAAAUCAUCAGAACCCGCGUUGAGGAAAUCCUCCCAUCCCUAGACACCCGCCUAACAACUGACAGCAUCAUCCGACUCAUACACUCCUGUAUCAGCUCUACAUACUUUACCUGGAAAGACACAUUCUAUCAACAAACCCACGGCCUCCCAAUGGGAUCCCCACUAUCACCCUUGUUCACCGAGAUAUUUAUGACCCACCUGGAAGAAAAAGCCCUGGAAACAUCCCCAAUAACUCCCCUCUGCUGGUUCCGCAAAGUUGAUGAUACCUUUGCCAUCCUACAUCCCAACAAUGACCCCAGAACUAUAUUGGACCACCUUAAUUCCCAAAACCCACGUAUGCAGUUUACCAUGGCGGAAGAAACCAAUCGACAGCUCCCUUUCCUUGAUGUAUUCGUACAGAAAGAUAAAAACGACAAACUCCAGACCACUGUUUAUCGAGAACCCACCCACACAGAUCAAUACUAA